AUGGAGUACGAACAUUUCCAGUCCGGCGCGCGGCGCACAUACUCGGAAAUGCGUCAAAAGCCCGCGCCACAAGACACCUUCUUCAACCUCAUCAACGACUCACAGCACUACAGACCAACUUCUGUCGCCACAGAGUUUGUUGAUACUGACUGGGACGAAGAAGAUACCGUCCUAACUGACGCCGAAGACAUCUCACCUCGCGGUAGUUUCCAAUCUUCUGGACAGACAACGCUUGACUCUUUUGACGAAGCUUUGACACCAAGAUCCAGCCGCGGAGAACAUUCGCCCAAGCAAAUCGAAGGCCCGAGUGGCCCUCAUCUGUUCCACCUAUCCUCAUCCGAAUAUGGCUAUCAUCAUGUUCCCGACGAGAACCUCAUUCUGGGCAUGUCCCCUAUUACCCCAAAGCCGCGCGGGUACGGUGAAAUUACAGUGCAUCCGCCUCUCCCGCAGCUCGGGCCGUUCCAAUAUACACGGGAGGAGCUGGAUACCUCCGAUCUCGUCUCGUGGACGCCAGAGAUGGUUGCGCAGUCCAUGCUCAAUGCCGGCAUUGAGGUUCCCAUGGCAGACCGUUUCAUCGAAAACGAUAUCAACGGGCCCAUCCUCAUCACACUCAAAUUUGAGGACUUGCGCGAGCUCGACAUCCCAUCAUUUGGCAUCCGCACCAAGAUUUGGCACCAAAUCCAGACGCUUCGCGACAGCCAGCUGAGAGCAAAGGUGUCUCGCCCCUCGACACCGAUCGAAGACCAUCCGAGCCGAGAAGUGCGCAAGGAAGCGCGCAAGCAGGACCAACCUUCGCUCAAGCGUCGUGGCAGCAGCCGUCGCCAACGUCGAAGCCCGCCGGCCGGCAGCGACAACAUCAUGCCGUACGAGUCCGUGUCCAUCAUUGGCAUCGAGCAGGUCAUCCCCCAGCCUCACGAAUGCUCCCGGGGCGAGGACUGCACCAAGUUCAAGAAGCAGCAGCGCCUCAUUGAGAACUUUCGGCGCAUGAACCCGCACAUCGACAUGAAUGCCACCGGCAAAGUCGUCAUCUACGGCGACGCGGGCAACCCAGAGACCGCCAGAGCCAUUGACCCGAACGAGGACCUGCGCCCGUUCUCGGAUGCGACACCCUCCCUCGUCGCGUCGUCGGACAUUCUGGGUACGGGCGGCAUGCCGCCGCUGCAGUACCUGCAAGAAGCGUCUCUUCGCAGCGUACAGAGUCGGGAUCCGCAGGAGAAUGUGCGACAGUUUCUCAACUUUCAGCGCACCAAGGACGCGUGCCUCAGCGAGGUGCCGCCCACCCCUCCUUUUGAACUCGCACCUGCAGCGCAGCCGCCUCAUCAUGGCCUGCGUCGCCUUCCCAAACUUUCCAUCCCUCUCAAUGUCCAAGCACAGCGUCUGUCCACCGCUCCUCGACGAGCCUCGACAUUGCAGCAAAUGGGCAAGGCUGACCCGCGCUCCCCAGAUCUGGAGACGCCCAGGAACCCGUACCGAUUCGGCACCCCCUUCUCAGACUUCGAUGUCCCCGUGACCGCUGUGCCUCUGGGCCCGGUCUCGCGAGACGCCUCGCAGUCUGUGCCGCCCGACAUGAGCUAUCGCGCGGCGCCUGGGUACAACGUGGUGCCGCCGCCGCAGCCACCGCGCUCGCAGUCUCGUGCCUCUUACCGCCGCCCGUCGUUUCCCAUCCUCCCAGCUGUCAGCGAGCACAAGACCGUGCUCCGCGUUUCAUCGUCGCGCACCGCAUCUCCGCAGGAGCCAUCGCCGCCGACGACACCACCCCAGGCCGCCUCCUCUCGCCCUGUGCGACAGGCGCAGCCCCAGGCGCCACCUCGUGGCAUCUACCCGUGGUCCUCGCCCGAGCGCCACCACCGAGACGUCGCACAAAACGCGGCCAGCGCUACGUCACUGCUGCUGGACGGCACGCGGUCGGCCUCGGCCACGCCUGUGCCCGCCGCAGCUGGUGCUGCCGGUCCGUCGACUGCUCUUGGUGUCUCGUUUCAGGGCCCCAUGAAGAAGAGAAAGACACGCCUCCUGCGUCACGAGUGGCAGGACGGCUACUUUACCCUCAAGGGCACGCGUCUCAACAUGCACAAGGACAUGGCGGCCAGGGACCGCACGCUCGAGUAUAUUGACAUUGACGACUACGCCAUUGCCUGCUCCAGCCUCGCCUCCACGUCGAAGCUCAGCGCGGCGUUCAAGGCCGUCAGCAUCUCGCACAACCGCGAAAAGAGUGAUCCCGUCGCUGCAUUCAGCUUCCAGCUGAUUCCGCAGGACAAGAACACGGCCCGUCUACGCAAGCGUGAGAGUUCCAUGAGCGGUGCUAGCAGCGCGUCCGCUGACGGUGUUAAUGGGACCGGCAAGACGCACCACUUUGCCGUCAAGAACCGCGACGACCGCAUCGACUGGAUGCGCGAGAUGAUGCUUGCUAAGGCCCUCAAGCAAAAGGGCGACGGCUUUGAGAUUAGCGUCAACGGCAACAUGAUUUAA